UCUUAUAAACCGUCGGAUUAAAAAAAGGCCGAUGCCGAUAUGAGUCAAAAUGCUGAAAAUCGGCGCCGAUAAUCGGUGGAUCCCUAUUUACUAUUGAGCACUUAUUUGUAGAUCAGAAGGCUCCGACAUGUUUCUACAGGAGCCCAGAGCGGGUUAGGUUUAAAGCCUUCACCUUUUUUAUGUCGCCUGAGGGCCACUGUAGAAUCUGCACACUUGGAAGAGGAGCUUGGGAAUCCAUGAUUGAUCAGUCUGUCAGAGAAACAUGAUCAACAUGAUCUUCAUCUUCAUCAUUCUUCUUCCAGUGACUCAGCUCCAGGACCUUCAGGAGCUCCAGGACCUCCAGUGUCCUGGCAGCUCAUGUAGUCCUCAGCUGGGUGACCUGAUGGUAGGUCGAUCUGCUCAGCUCUCAGCCUCAUCAACCUGUGGUCUGGAUGGAGCUCAAAACUACUGCAUCAUCGGAUACCUGGAGGAGGAGAAGAAAUGUUUCACAUGUGACUCACGUCGGCCAUACAAUCACUAUAGCAACCCGAACAGCCACCGCAUCGAGAACAUCAUCACAACCUUUGACCCUGAGAGAAAAACUAAAUGGUGGCAGUCUGAGAACGGUGUUCAUCAUGUCAGUAUCCAGUUCAAUCUGGAGACCGUGUUCCAGUUCAGUCACCUGGUUCUCACCUUUAAGAGCUUCCGUCCAGCAGCCAUGUUGGUUGAGCGAUCAAAGGACUUUGGACAAACGUGGAAAGUUUUUCGUUAUUUUGCAGAAGACUGUUCGCUUCAUUUCCCUUCGGUGUCCAAUGAGGCAGCUGACAGUGUUGAUGACAUCAUCUGUGACAGUAGAUACUCCGGAUCAGAACCGUCCACCAAUGGAGAGGUAGUGCUGAAAGCGCUGGAUCCAAUAUUUGAAAUACAAAACCCGUACGCAUCAAAUAUCCAAGACCUGAUCACUUUGACUAAUAUCCGGGUCAACUUCACUCGUCUCUUCACGCUCGGUGACACCCUGCUGAGUCGAAGACGCAGGAACCCUCUGAAUAAAUAUUACUAUGCUCUUUACAACAUGGUAGUCCGAGGAAGCUGCUUCUGUAAUGGACACGCCAGCAGGUGCACACCUGCGGACGGACAACGUGGGGAUGUCUUCACCCAAACUGGCAUGGUUCAUGGUCGUUGUGUUUGUCAACACAACACAGCUGGAAACAACUGUGAGAGAUGUCAGAACUUUCACCACGACUCCCCCUGGAGGCCAGGAGGAGGAGACACAGAUGACAUCUGCAGGAGAUGUAACUGUCAUGGUCACUCAGACUCUUGUCACUUCGAUGCCAUUCAUUUUGAAGCAACGGGUGGUAUUAGCGGUGGCAUGUGUGACAACUGCCGCCAUGACAGGAUGGGUCCUCACUGUGAACAGUGUCGACCUUUUCUAUAUCAGGAUCCUCAGAGAGCGAUGGACGACCCUCAUGCCUGCAUACCUUGUGACUGUGAUGCAGCUGGAGCUCAUGGCGGCGGUCUCUGUGAAGCUCAGACUGGUCAGUGUCUCUGUAAAGAAAACGUGGAAGGCCGACGCUGCGAGCGCUGCAAACAUGGCUUCUUCGGCCUGAGGCAGGACAACCCGGCCGGUUGUCAGGCGUGCAGGUGUCAUGUUUUGGGAAGUGUUGGGUCAUGUGAUCAGCUGACAGGAAAUUGUGAAUGUGACAGUUUGGCGAGCGGCCCGCUGUGUGAUCGAUGUCCAGAAGGUUUCUGGGGUUUAGGAAACUCAGCGAUUAGAUGUUCGCCAUGUGACUGUGACGUCGGAGGAGCUCACAGCAUCAUGUGUUCUCCAGAGGAUGGACAGUGUCACUGUUUACAAAACAUGAUAGGUCGACGCUGCUCUGACCCCGCCCCUGGUUUCUUCCUACCUUCACUUGAUUACUUCCUGUACGAGGCAGAGCUGACAGCUCCACUUCCUGGAGGAAGUCAUUCUUCUACUGAUGCUCCUAUUCCUGUGUAUUUGCAGUUGAAUCCAAGUGUGUUACCUCAGUGUGAGAAAUACUACAGAGAGCAGGGUUUUGACUUUAAAUUCACCAACGGACGAGUGGUUUUGGUUCGGAGGAUUCGGCGACUCGCCCACCGGAGGAGGGAGGGGCAGCCAACCAGCAUCCCUCUGGACGCAAGUCAUGCCCUGCAGAUUAUCCCCCGUCUGCAGACACGUGAUCAGCCAGUCACCUGGACCGGCCUGGGAUUGGUCAGAGUGUUAGAGGGGGCUGGGCUUCGAUUCACUGUAGAUAACCUACAUUCAUCAACGGAUUACCAUUUAGUGAUUCACUAUGAGACAGAGGCUCUGUCUGAUUGGCUGGCUUCAGUUAGCAUCAUCAUGAUGUCACCAGGUGACAGUGUCUGCAGCAACAACCCAACAGGAAGUAAAACUCUGAUUCUUCCUGGAAACUCCAGAGGACGUGGUCUGGAUUCUUCAGUGUGUCUGAAUGCAGGAGGUCGAUACUUUGUUGACGUCGUCUUUAACAAACAGUCUGGAUCUGAUGGAUCUCACAUCCUCAUUGACUCGAUAGGUCUGAUUCCGAGCAUAGAGUCUGUCCAGAACUGCUCUCAAAGUGAACUUCAAUCUUUGAACUGCAUCGGAUUGUCUGUUGAGCUCCACUCACAGGAUUCACUCCCAGAAAUCUGUCAGGGACUGAUCAAGAGCAUGUCAGCACGAAUCCACCACGGAGCUGUUCCUUGCAGGUGUAACCUCCUUGGCUCUCUAGGACCAGCUUGCAGUAAACUGGGUGGGUUCUGUGAAUGUAAACCCAAUGUGAUUGGCCGUUGCUGUGAUACCUGUGCACCAAUGACAUUUGACUUGGGACUCGACGGCUGCAAAUUGUGCAGGUGUGACGCUCGUGGUUCAGUGUCGCAGCUGUGCGAUCAGGUCAGAGGUCAGUGUGUGUGUCGGUCAGACGUGACGGGGCAACGUUGCAAUCAUUGUCACACAGGAUUCUGGGGUUUCCCCUUGUGUCGACCCUGUGACUGUAACAGUCUAUCUGAGACAUGUGAUGAAGAGACCGGGGAGUGUUUCAACUGCAGAGAACACGCCACCGGACCACACUGUGACAGGUGUGUGGAGGGUUACUAUGGAAACCCCAUCUUCAGACAGCCCUGUCAGCCCUGCUUGUGCCCAGACGUGAAGAACAGUGGAAAAUUCUUUGCCACUUCCUGCCUACAUGACCCACAAUCCCUUAGUCUGACCUGCAACUGCCAGGAGGGGCACACAGGUUCACGAUGCAACAGAUGCAGCCCUGGUUUCUAUGGUGACCUGACGUUGCCAGGUGCCCGUUGUGCAGAGUGUCCCUGCAACAACAACAUCGACCUGGACGACCGUAACGCCUGUGACAGCCUGACAGGUGAAUGUCUGGGCUGCCGCCACAACACGGUGGGACCACGAUGCCAAAGCUGCAAACCUGGUUACUAUGGCAACGCUCUGGUCCAAGACUGCAAAGAAUGCUCCUGUGACCGGCGUGGGACGGAGGUGACUCAUUGCCCUCUGGGGAGUUCUUGUUACUGUGAUCCAAGUACAGGACAAUGUCCGUGCAGGACGGGUGUCUUGGGAGUCCUCUGUGACCAAUGUGAGGACGGAUACUGGAACCUGGACGGACCGUCAGGAUGCCAGCCCUGCAGCUGUGAUCCUGUCAACUCCUUCUCCAACAUCUGCAACAAGGUGAUGGGACAGUGUCCAUGUCGUCCUGAGUUUGGAGGGAGACAAUGUGACGAAUGUGGAGAAAAUCAUUUUGGGAAUCCAGACCUGCAGUGUAUCUCUUGUGACUGUAACCUGGAGGGAACCAAGCGCCCAUCAUGUGACCCUGAAACCGGAGAGUGUAUCUGUCGAAGAGGAGUCACCGGUAUCUUCUGUGAUGAGUGUGCCCUCGGCUACAGCUCGGCAUUCCCAGCGUGCAAGGAGUGCCACCCGUGCACCACUCUCUGGGCUGAAAGUGUCACAGAUGUCCAUCGAGCAGCACAGAAAAUGAGAACCUUCAUCCCUCGCCACGGCAAAAACCUGCGGCCUGGAGAGAGUCACCCCCGGCAACAGAUGCUGCAGAUGCACUCCACGCUGGACAGCCUCACCAAUCUGACAGGACUGUCACUGCAGAAGUUAGAGACGGUGGAAAAACUUUGUAUGAGGAUUGGGAAGUUGAAAGCUGCCGUUGAUCCAAACAUGAUCCUUAUCGAUCCAUCUCCUCUUCUCAACACUGAAAUGGAAAACAUUCGUCAGGAGUUUAAGAGGCUGCUGAAAAGUGUGAAGGAGAAUGUGAUGGAGCUUCCACAUGAAGAAGAGGAAGAAGGAGAUGUGGACGAGCUGCUGGGCGAGAUCCAGAAGAUUCUGAAACAUUUCAUGUUGGAUGAAAAAAGAGUAAUAAGUGCAACUAAAGCUUUAGACGACUCCGUGGACAUCAGACAGGAAGUGAAACACAAACUGAGCAUUUGCGGCAGCAGAGGAGACAUGACGCCAGUGGAGAAGAAGAUCACAGAGCUCAGCGUGGUCAACCUAAACCGACAGAUCUGUGGACGACCAGGUCUGGACAACUGUUCUGGAUGUGGUGGAGCUCUGUGUGUUCUGGCUACAGGACGAAGGAAAUGUGGAGGUUCAAGCUGUGACGGAGUCAUAACCAUCAGUCACCACGCUUCAGAACGAGCAGAGAAAGUGAAGGAACAACUCAUCUCACUCCCAUCGAGACUUGAGGAGUCCAAGAACAAGAUGAACCAUAUGAAACAGGCAGCUCAGGACUCCAAAGACCAGGCUAAAGAUCUGCACGAUCGGAUCAACGCGCGACUAGACACCUUUGAAAGAGAGAAGAACAGAACCAGGGAGGUGAUCCAGCAAACCAAAGACUACCUGAUGGAUGACAUGGUUCCUAUUGAAGACAUCGAGAAAAUGGCCAUAGCUGUUCUGAACAUCCAGCUGCCACGAUCACCUGCUCAGAUCCGAUCAAUGAUUGAUGAAAUCAAUCAUCUACUCUCAAACACCGCACAUGUCCAGGAUGAGCUGAAGAAGCUGGAGGAGCCUGUGAGGCGAGCCAAGGACCUGCUGCAGAAAGCUCAGGAAGUCAA